CCUGUCGGAAUACGGGUGGAGGGGAAAUAAGGCAGGGAUAGGGAGAAGCAUUGGGAGUUCGCUGUGUAAUGGCGGCCUCGGUGUUGCUCUCUGCGGAAAGCACCGUGCCUGGAUUCUCUGUCGGUGGUAGUACCGGUGCGUCAGGGACCGCCGGGAAUGGAUUAACCGUGCCUGGACCUGCGAGCUGGAACCGUUCCCUGGACCGGGCGUUUGAAGAAGCUGCGGCCACCGGCUGCCUCAACCUUAGCGGCAGGAAGCUGAAGGAGUUCCCGAGGAGCGCCGCUAGUCACGACCUGACCGACACGACCCGGGCCGACCUGUCGCGUAACAGACUGCCCGAGCUGCCGGUGGAGGUGUGUAUGUUCGUGUCGUUGGAGAAUCUGAACCUGUACCAGAACUGCCUCCGCUCUCUACCUGAGAGUCUGAUCAACCUACAGGCCCUCACGUACCUGAACAUCAGUCGUAAUCAGGUGUCCACUCUGCCUGCUCACCUGUGCAGUCUGCCACUCAAAGUGCUCAUCGCCUGCAACAACAAGCUCGUGUCCCUGCCUGAAGAACUCGGCCAGCUCCGACAGCUCACCGAACUGGACGUGAGCUGUAAUGAGAUUCAGACGUUACCUGCGCAGGUGGGCCAGCUCGAAGCUCUGAGAGACCUGAACAUCCGCCGAAACCACCUGGUCCGCCUGCCUCCGGAACUGGCGGAGCUUCCUCUGGUGCGCUUGGAUUUCUCCUGUAACAAGGUGACGUCCAUCCCGGUGUGUUACCGCAACCUCCGACACCUGCAGAGCAUCGUGCUGGACAACAACCCCCUCCAGAGCCCGCCCGCGCAGAUCUGCAUCAAGGGGAAGAUCCACAUAUUUAAGUAUUUGAACAUAGAGGCGUGUAAAAUAGCUCCAGAUCUCUCGGAUUACGACAGAAGACCACUGGGCUUUGGGUCCUGUGUGGAGGAACUUUAUCCUGGCCGGCCGUAUGGAGCUCUGGACUCGGGGUUUAACAGCGUGGACAGCGGAGACAAGCGCUGGUCAGGCAAUGAACCAUCAGACGAGCUGUCGGACCUGCCACUCAGAGUAGCGGAGUUAACCAGAGAGCAGAGACUCCGGCGAGACCGAGAGCGGGACGAGCACAAGACCGGAUCGCUGUUGGCUAACGGAAUAUUGGAGGCGGAGCUCGACCAGAUCGACUUUAUUGACAGCUGUACAGGGGAAGAAGAAGAGGAGGAUGGGCGGAGCCAAGGACGGGAGCCAGUCAGCCUCAGCUCUCAGUUUAUGGCCUACAUCGAGAGACGAAUCACCCGAGAGGGCUCACCGGUGAAAGCAGGUUCCUACAGAGAUGCGAGAAAUGACGAAUCGAGACGCUACGUGUCUUUACAGAACCGAAGUGUAUCGGAUACAGUCGGCACGUUGUCAUCUCCGUCUCACAGCCAGCGGCCGGGCUCAGGCGGCGGUGUGGAACGCAUUCGGCGGGAGGCUCAACUCGCCGCUCAGAGGUACGAAGAUGAGCGGCAGAGAGCGCGAGGCGGACAGAGAGAACCCAUGAGGACUUACGCCAAGCAGAAGUCAGCUCAGAGUCCACCGAAGCUCAGUCCUACAGACGGCGAGAACCUGUACCCUUCCAGGCGUUCUACUCAUACGGAUGACUCCGCCCUCUUUAUGCAAGGGGAAGAUCGAGCUUCGCUGGCCUCGAACGCGCUCCAGUCCCCCUCGUACCCCGGCCCCGCCGCCCUGACCUCCUGCCGUGGAGCCACUUCACGUCCCGACAGCUUCCUGUACCGCCUCAGCCAGAGAGAGGAGAAGAAACGAGAGUCGAGAACUGGGAGGCUGGAGCCAGGUAGCGUGACUCCUACACCUUCACCAGCUCCAGGACUCACAGGAGAAGAAGCUGAACUGGUGGAACAGCUCAGAAAGAACAUUGAGUCUCGGCUGAAAGUUUCGUUGCCUAGCGACCUGGGGGCAGCGCUGACGGACGGGGUUGUGCUGUGCCAUCUGGCCAAUCACGUGCGGCCUCGCUCAGUACCCAGCAUCCACGUGCCCUCGCCUGCGGUGCCCAAACUGACUAUGGCUAAAUGUCGACGGAACGUGGAGAACUUCUUGGAGGCGUGUCGUAAAAUCGGCGUCCCUCAGAGUCAGCUCUGUCUCCCGCUCCACAUCCUGGAGGAGAAAGGGUUGGAGCAGGUUGCGGGGACGGUGCGCGCCUUGCUCGAGCUGGCACCCCCGAAAAACAUUACAUCACCAACCACCAGCUCCGCCCUCUCCAUGUAGGACUGGUGGGCGUGGCCACAGUACACCGUUUGCCCUUUCCAGUACUUAAUAUGAGCUAAAGUGAGAGACUGAGUUUGCGCACGGCUUCUGAACCGGAAACCGUCCAGCCUCCGACGACACUUCAGUUAAUACACAGACACGCGGCACUCGCUCACUCGUUCCAGGACCGAAAGGAGGAGGUGAGCGAUUGCAGUGUGGAAAAGAGGAGAGAAGAUCCAUCAUGACAUACAAAACCAGCAUUCAAUCAGUUGCUAUAGAUUCUUCUUCUCUCAUUUAUUUUUCUUUCCGUCACAUCAUUUUUGCACCUAUUAUUAUUAUUAUUAUUAUUAUUAUUAUUAUUAUUAUUGUUGUUAUUAUUAUUAUUAUUAUUAUUAUUAUUAUAUCAUGGUUGGCUCUGGGAUGUCGGAUCUUAUUGAUCGUGAUGGUCGUCCAAGUUUCACACGUUGGAUGAAAAGAUGUUUUAAGUAAAUCGCACUAACUCACUCGUUGAGCGAAGCUAAAAGCCCGAGCUCUUGUUUUAGAGAACGUGCACGUUGCACAGAGAUUUAUCAGAAAUGUACGUAUGUAGCCACAGGGUGACGCUGUUUCCCCAAAGACUAUGAACACCCGCUGUCCUAAAUAUCGAAAUAUCUUUAUUGUAGUUUAUAUAUAAUAGAUAGUUUAUUAAAAAUAAAGCAAGGCACUAUUUGUAACAUGGACUUUUAUGGGAUGAGAUAAGAAACACUGCCAAAUAUGGAAACAGUCUUUUUUUUUUUUUUGGACGUACAGCCUUGUUUCUAGAUCAGUUUUAAAUACAGCAUUCACGUCACGUGGGAGAAUCCGGGGGAAAAUGAUGUCGUUUUUAAUAUAAGAUUAGCCGGCAUCACUUCUUUAACAAACUGAGGCAUACAAACUAAAAUUUCUAUUAUAGUUUGAAUUUUUUGAAUUUGGUCGUAAAUUUCUUUCGGAAAGCUAAAGCUUCGUAAUUGACGUUUUUUUUUCGGAAGUCGAAAGUUGCGUUUUUUUGGGGGGGUUUUUUUUCCCCCUCCCAUAUGAUGUGAAUGCAUUAAAAUGUGAAAAGCUCACGAAAGGGUUUUGCAGGAGAUGCGAGUGUUACAUUGUUGCGCUUCGUUGUGUAACAGAUGAACGAUGUGCAUGAACGAGUUACUACAUAUAACGAGGGGGAAAGGGAGGGGUUUUAAAAGGGGGCGGGACUAGAAUAGAGACGUACAUACACACGGUGCUAGACGCUAAGGCUGUAGUCACCACUGCAUGGCUUGCUUGUCCGUAUCUGUGAUUGUGAUCGGAAGCUGUACGUUUGUGCUUGUGGGGUUUUUUUUUUAUGGAACCCAUUUCUCCAGGUGGAAAAGGAAAAAAAUGCGUUCUCUUCAUCAUUAUUAUUUUUUUUGUAGCAGCAGUAUGUCGAAAUUUCGGCACAUUGUCUAAAAGUUCUUACUUAUUUUGUCAGAUUUUUUUUGACUUCUCUCAAAGUUUUUAAUUCCCUCAAAAUCCUGACAUGUCAGAGGUCUUAUUUUUUUAUCUGAAAGACCUUUUGACUUGUCUCAAAUUUUUUGAGUUAUUAAUUCCGUUUAUCUCAAAAUUCUCAUGUUGACUUCGUCAAAUUAUUUCUUAUUUCAGAUUUUUUUGACGUUUUCAAAAUUCUGAUCUGUGACGACGAGGCUAUGUAAAUAACGUCAAAAUGCGAAAAUCUAAAAAUCCAUAAAUCAUUUUGGAGUAGCAAGUAAAACCAAAUGUGAUCAGAACUCUGAGAUUAGUCGAUUUGGAGAGUCUGAAUUUCGAGAAGUCAAUUUUUUUAUAUUAAAAGUCAGAAUUUCUACAUCCUGCUGCUGCCAGAAAUAUUUCGUGCGUAUUUUCUUUCUUUUUUUACCUUGCAGAAAUGGAUUUAUAUAUUUAUAUAUACAGAGUAAUUGUCGAAGGCCGUCGUCGUGGCUGCUGACACAGCAUUGCACCUUGGCUGGGUAUCUGUGGUGUUCGGUGCUUUGAUAAGAACGUUAACGGAGAAGAAGAAAGCGUACGGUGAGGGUGAUUUCGGCUGGUUACGAGAGGAGAAUAACGUAGCGGUUAGGUCAGUGCACUAAAGCUUGCCCAGAAUUCUUCAUAAAGAAAUAUAAAAUGAAAUACAUUAGAGUUAUUUUAUGCAUAUAAAACCUUUACAUUUUUUUAACUUGCUUUUUUUAGACCCCGAUGUUUUAAAGAGGGAAGUUAAAAAAAUAAAUAUAUUAUAGAUGUUUUUGUAUUAUUAUUAUUAUUAUUAUUAUUAUUAUUAUUGUUUUUAAUUAUUAUUAGUUGUUUUAUUUUGACCUAGGGUUAUUCCCCAGCAGAAAUGAUGAUGACCUUUCUGCAGGGUUUUCACCUGCGUGUCUGUACAGUAAAUUAAUACAUUCCAUACGUUUACAAGUAUGUACCGCUGACCACACACACACACACACACACACACACACACACACAAGGAUGCACUACAUACGUCAUUCAGACAGCGCGGACUUUCUCUUCCUUUAUUUUAUUUUUUUUUUUACAGCGUUACUUGCAACAAUUUUCCCGUAAAAGCUUUUACUGUAAUGUUAUAAAAUUAGUAAAAUAUUCAAAGUAUUUUCUGAACAUUUGGAUUUAUUGUAAAAUUGAAUUAAUAAAGUUCCCAUUUCUGCCA